AUGUUGUUAACGAUCAAACUUUUCGUAUUCAUCCGCAUUGCGCUGACGGUGUUCAUAUGUUCGAGCGCUGCACAAUGCCAGAGCUACUUUCAGCUUCCGGUUCAUGAUAAACGCCGGGUAGAGUACGACUUCAACUUUGCGGACAGCGUAUUGCUGUUGAAGAGUAUACUGGAAGAUAAUCCCGGAUCCGACAAGCAGUCAGGCCAAUUAGUCAUGUCGGCUCCGUCUGUGUUCAGCAGUAAACGCUUGCGCCGUCCCGAUUUCGGCCUUGAUCGUCUGCGCGCGGGCUCGCAUAUAUCCAGUGUUUUCGACGCAACAAAAAAAGCCACAUCUGCCGAAGGCCCCGGCUGA